AUGAAGCUUAUGUUUUUUCCUGUUACAAUGAUCGAAGAAAUUCCACAUAUGAUACUUCAUUAUGAUUUUACAAGAAAAAAAGAUCGUUAUUUUCUUAGUCCAUAUGAAGUAACAAUGUUAACAGCUAAUUCUGUUCGAACCGUUUGUGAGAUUAUUCGUUCAUCUAAUUUUCUUUGUGGUUUAUUGGACAUAGAUCGCCCUCAAAUAUUACUCGAAUUAUCACAAGAAAUUACUGCUACAGAGAAUGAAGCAACUAAAAAUAGUUCACCAUCAUUAGAAAAUAGUUCACCAGUCAAUGAAAAAGAUUCCUGUUCACCAUCAAAAGUAUUGCCAUUAACACCAUUAUCUCCGAUACAUGAUCGUUUAUUAUCAAUGAUUGAACAACGUCUCGAUUUUAAACAUCGUUGUAUGUUUUAUUCAACUGGUCCAACAUCUGAUUUGAGUAUAUGUGCGUUAAAUGUUGAUUAUAAUUCAUCAGUUUCAUGUAAUUCAGUGGGUUAUCCAAGUCCAUUUUUAUAUGAACAAAAGACAAAUGGUAAUAACAACAACGAUAGUAAAGAUAAUCGACAAAAUAUUCCCACAAAAUAUCCACAUAGAAUGAAACAUCAACGACGUGACUAUAUUGAUGAAUGGAUAUGUAUUCGAGAUAUUUACGGUGAAUUUGUCUCAUGUAAUAAUGUUCUUAAAGUUAAGGCAGUCAGUGACGUUCUAGUUAAAAUAGAUUCAUGGUUAAAACAACGUUGUCAACCAUUUUCAUUAAGUACGAUGAAUAAUUUAAAUAACAAUGAAAAUAUAAAAUUAUCCAAAGCAAAAGCAAGACAGUUAAUAUGGGAUUUGAUGGAAAUGAAAAAUGAAGUUCGCUUUCCACGACCAGCACAUGGAAGAAUACCUCAUUUUAGAUAUUCAGAAGUAGCUGCUGAUAAUUUUGUUAGACUAGAAUGUUUUAAAAAAGCACGUGUCAUUAAAGUAAAUCCAUCACUGGCACAAGAACCACUUAGACAUCUAACAUUGUUAUACAAUAAAGUUCUAUUGACUCCAACACCUUCAUUAAGUUCUGCUUUAUUUUAUAAAUUAGAUCCGAAAUUUCUUCAACGUCGAGAGUUAGAAUGGGCAAGCAGUAAAUCGGGUGCUGCAGAACUAGGCACUGUGAUUCAAUUACAAGCGUUAAAACAGAUACAUGUUGAUAUCGUUGUUGUAGCAUCAGUUGUAGUCAAUCCUAUUACUGGCGCACGCAUCGGAAAAGGAAAAGGUUAUGGAGAUUUAGAGUACGCAAUUAUGAAUGAAAUGGGAGCUGUUAGUUCAAAAACAACUGUUAUUACCACUGUUCAUGAAAGUCAAUUGAUCAAUGAUUUUGCUGUGAUGGAAGAACAUGAUUUACCGGUGGAUAUAAUUAUUACACCAAAGAGAUAUAUCUAUACAAAACGUCUGUUUCCAAGACCAACAAAAGUUUUAUGGGACAAAUUAGAUCCUGAUAUGUUGCUUUCUAUACCCGUAUUACAAGAACUAAAACGAUUGGAAGAACAAGAUAUUGCUAAACAUUAA